GCUGUGGGGCCAGGAUCUGGCGCCCCCUAGUGCUGAGGCUGGGGAAAUGGCUAACAGGAGCCAGGACGAGCAGACAGUGGAUGAUACCAGCCUGAUCUACAUUAACGUCGCCACCAUCCCCAUGGAUCACAAGAGUCCAGCUGCCCGCCGGACCAAAGGCGUCCAAGACGGGGCUGCAGCAGCACAGGCCCUGCUGGGCCCCGGGGAGCCAGAUGAGCUGCACUACGCCUCCAUCAACUUCUCCAAGCUGCAGUGCAAAGGGGGGGAGCCGCCGGAGGCCCCCGCCAUGGAAUAUUCCGAGGUCCGGUUGAAAUAGCCCCCUCAUGCCAUGGACCCAGGCUGGGUGUAUCUGGCCUGUCCAGUGCAGGGGUGAUCAUAGUGAGGGGGGGGAAGGGGUCGGCCCAGGGCUGGACUUGCGACGUGGGAGACCUGGGUGCAACUCCCUGCUCUGGCCUGGACUCAGGGCAGAGUCAACUAAGCCUUGGAGCUGCUGGAGCGCUGCAUUGAGGGGAGGUAUCCCAGAGUCCCCUGCAGCCGGGUCCCAGAGCCUGCCCCCUCCCAAACCCCACUGCCCCCGGGAGAAAGAGCCUUUCACCCCCAGCCACAGAGAG